CUAGUCCCGUUGUUCGGCAAACAAGCUCCCCUCAAUCGUUCCCAUCGACCCUUCUACAGAACAAAAUCCACCAAAACCCAUCAACUCGCUGCAACCCACCGGAUUCAUCUCUGCCGAGUUAUUCAUCUCCCAGGUUUGUUCCUACACCGCUGGAGUCUGUGCGUGCUCUCGUCUUAUCACUGCAUUGUCGGAUUAUUCUUUAGUCUGCCACGCAUUUCUUCACAGCCUCUUCAGCCACAUCCAGGUGCCUCCAUGACACCCCAUGGAUAUGGUUCGUAUCCUAUGCAAUUCCAACCCGGAACACAUGUACAGCAGGGACAACCAUUUGCUAUGGGUCCUGGGCAAAAUCAGGGACUUCAAUAUUCUCAACAAAUGCAGCAGUUUCCUCCACGACCCGGUCAGCCCAGUCACAUGCCAUCAUCACAGCCAAUUCAAAUGCCAAAUAUGCAACCGGGUGGGCCUAUUCCCUCUUCCUCUUUGCAGCAUCAACAAAUGAUUCUUUCUGCAAAUAAUCACAUGCCUGGUUUGCAGUUUUCACCAUCUCCUUUUGGCCAGACAAACAGCGGGAUGAAUAUGUCAUCCCAAAUGAACACACCUCUCUUUGCUGCUGGAGGACAGCACUGGCUGCCACCAGGAAAUCAUAGUGCACCUAUGCAGCAUACCAUUCAGCCAUCAUCAGGCUUUACUCCUUCAGUUGCAGGUGCAAGUGCUCAGAAUAGUACUGAGCAGUCAACAUCUGAUUGGCAAGAGUAUGAGGUCUCAGGAAGAAGAUAUUACUACAACAAGAUAACAAAACAGUCUAGCUGGGAGAAGCCUUUGGAAUUAAUGACUCCUUUAGAGAGAGCAGAGGCAUUGACUGGAUGGAAAGAAUUCACCACUGAAAAUGGAAAAAAGUAUUACUAUCACAAAGAGAAAAAGGAGUCUAAAUGGGAAAUACCUGAGGAGUUAAAGUUGGCUCGUGAUCAAGCUGAAAAAGCUGCUGCUCAAGGACAAUAUUCUGAUGCAGGCUUGACAUCUAAGGUUGCAAUUUCUGCAACUGGCACAUCAAGUGAACAGCAAUUUACUGCUGUCACCCCUGUUAGUUCUAGCCCAUCAACCAUUUCUGGAGUACCUUUAAGCCCUGCACCGAUUACACCGAUUGCUUCUGUUAACACUCCCUCUGUGGCGGUGUCUGGAUCACCAGCUCCUGCUGCUGCUUUGCACUCUGCUAUAACAGGCUCAGUCAAUGUAUCUUCGCCUGCUGCAGCACCAGGAAGUAACACAGAUCCCACCUUUUUGGCUAGCUCCAACCAGACACCUCUUAGUAGCAUGGAGAAAAUAUCCACUAAAGUUGUUGCUACCUUGGGUGCAUCUUCUGUUCAGGACAUCGAGCAGGUAAGUAAAAGUGCUGAUGCUACAAAUUUGGAGGAGAAAGCAUCUGAUGAGGAACCUUUGGUGUAUGCCACCAAGCAGGAGGCCAAAAUUGCUUUUAAGGCUCUAUUAGAAUCUGCUAAUGUGGGAUCUGACUGGACCUGGGAUCAGACAGUACGUGCAAUAGCCAAUGAUAAACGGUAUGGAGCACUGAAAACUCAUGGUGAGAGGAAGCAGGCAUUCAAUGAGUACCUGAUGCAAAGGAAGAAGCUAGAAGCUGAGGAGAAGCGGCUGAGACAAAGGAAAGCCAAGGAAGAAUUUACAAAGAUGUUGGAAGAGUCCAAGGAUCUCACAUCAUCUACAAGAUGGAGCAAAGCUGUAACAAUGUUUGAGGAUGAUGAGCGGUUCAAGUCUGUUGAAAGAGAGGCAGACCGUGAAGAGCUAUUCAAAAUAUACACAUUGGAUCUUCAGAAAAAGGAAAAGGCAAAAGCCCAAGAGGAUUACCGAAGGAAUAGAAUGGAGUACAGACAAUUCCUAGAAACAUGCGGGUUUAUCAGGGUUGACACACAGUGGCGGAAAGUUCAAGAUCUCUUGGAAGAUGAUGAAAGAUGCUCACGCCUAGAAAAAUAUGACCGCUUGGAGGUUUUCCAGGAAUAUAUUCGUGACUUGGAGCGGGACGAGGAAGAGCAGCGGAAAACACAAAAGGAACACUUGAGGCGUGCUGAGCGCAAAAACCGUGACGCGUUCCGUAAUAUGAUGGAAGAUCAUAUAGCUGCUGGCACACUCACUGCUAAAACACAAUGGCAUGACUAUUGUCCGAUGGUGAAAGAGUGUGUGGCUUAUCAGGCAGUUGCAUCAAACACCUCGGGUUCUACACCUAGGGACUUGUUCGAAGAUACUGUUGAAGAGUUGGAAAAUAGGUAUUAUGAAGACAAAGCACGUGUUAAGAAUGUCUUGAAGUCUGAAAAGAUAACAUUCUCAUCGUCGUGGUCAUUUGAAGACUUUAAAGAUUCUGUACUGGAAGACGUUGGUACCCCACCCAUUUCUGAUGUUAAUUUGCAGCUCAUAUUUGAUGACCUCAUGGAGAGAGCCAAGGAAAAGGAUGAGAAAGAAGCUAAAAAGCGACACCGUCUCGCAAAAGAUUUUAUGGAGAUGCUGAGCACCUUUGAUGAGAUAACUGUUUCUUCGAGUUGGGAUGAGUGCAAAGAGCUUGUGGAGGAUAGCUCAGAAUACAAAGCUAUUGGUGAGGAAACAACCUUGAGGGAAAUAUUUGAGGAGCAUGUUGCCCAUAUGCAGGAGAAGGCAAAAGAAAAGGAGCGCAGACGAGAGGAGGAGAAGGCUAAAAAAGACAAGGAGAAGGAGGAAAAAGAAAAGAAAAAAGAUAAAGAGAGGAAAGAGAAAGACAGAGAGAAAGAAGACCGUGAAAGAGAAAAGGAGAAGGGAAGAGAGCGUUGGAGAAAGGAUGAUGCCGACGGCGAGAGUGCUGAUUUUAUUGAAUAUGACCACAAAGAAGAUAAAAAGAGGGAUAAGGACAAAGAAAGGAAACAUCGGAAAAGGCAUCAUAGCUCUCAAGAUGAUGUGACUUCUGACAAGGAUGAGAGGGAGGAAACUAAGAGGUCUCGCCGACAUGGUGGUGACCGGAAAAAGUCGAGGAGGCAUUCACCGGAAUCAGACAGUGAGAGUCGACGCAAGAGACACCGAAAAGAGCGUAGUGAUGGAUCUCGUCGUAAUAGCGGUGGACAUGAAGAGCUGGAAGAUGGUGAACUUGGUGAGGAUGGUGAAAUUCACUAAGUGCCCCCUUUUUUCUUUUGCUCCUUUUUCUCUUCUUCAUGUCCUCCCAGUAAACUUGCGUGCUGAUAUUAUGGUCUUACUAUACAUAUUUAGACAGGCCCCUCUCUUCAUGAUGGAUGGCCUUCAAGUUCUGUUUCACUACACUAUUGUCUUUUGUAUAACCUUUUACUAUGUUCAGUGAGAGUUUUUCGUAUUAGGCCUUGCACUAGAAUUAUUUUAACAAAACCUGAGUCAUCUCAUUUUUCCACCCCAAAUAAUGUGAAAAUGUUAAGCUCUCUUUCUAUGUGAGGUUCAGAUUGGUUUGGUUCC